GGCGGCGCUGUCAGUGCGAGCAGCGAGCGGAAUGCAGCGGCCGGAGGCCUGGCCACGUCCGCACCCGGGGGAGGGGGCCUCGGCCGCCCAAGCGGGGGGCGCAGCGCCACCCACCCGAGCCACGGAAAUGCGGUUUCAGGAACCUUCUCUCUACACCAUCAAGGCUGUCUUCAUCCUAGAUAAUGACGGGCGAAGGCUGCUGGCCAAGUAUUAUGAUGAUACAUUUCCCUCCACGAAGGAGCAGAUGGUUUUCGAGAAAAAUGUCUUCAACAAGACCAGCCGCGCUGAAAGUGAGAUCGCAUUUUUGGGGGGCAUGACCAUCGUCUACAAGAGCAGCAUUGACCUCCUCCUGUAUGUGGUGGGCUCUUCCUCUGAGAACGAGCUGAUGCUCAUGUCUGUUCUGGCCUGCCUGUUUGACUCUUUGAGCCACAUCUUAAGGAAGAACGUGGAGAGGCGCUGGUUGUUGGAGAACAUGGAUGGAGCCUUCUUGGUGCUGGAUGAAAUUGUAGAUGGCGGUGUGAUUCUGGAGAGUGACCCCCAGCAAGUGAUCCAGAAAGUGAAUUUUAGGACUGAUGACGUUGGCCUAACAGAACAGAGUGUGGCCCAGGUUCUUCAGUCAGCCAAGGAACAAAUUAAGUGGUCGUUACUGAAAUGAAGACCUUGGAGUCGAGGCUCCCUCUCCAGAGAGCAUUUUUCCCCAGUCCCUG